AUGGGUGGUGGUGGCCUCGGCGCCAUGGGUGGCGGUGGCCUCGGCGCCAUGGGUGGCGGUGGCCUUGGCGCCAUGUGUGGCAUGGGUGGCUUCGGAGGUUCCGUGGACGGUUUAGGUGCCAUGGGAGGCAUGGGUGGCUUUGGAGCACCCCCCGACGCUAUGGCCGCCAUGGGAGGCAUGAGUUUUGCUUCUCUCAUGGGAGGCAUGGGUGCACCUCCGGCCGCCAUGGGCGGAAUGUCUUUCGAUGUGCCUCCUCACACACAUUCCCAUGAAGAUGCCGUUGAAGAUCUUGCCAAUACCGUCGAAGUUUCACGUGAUGCGGUGCGCGAUGAGGAGAGGGAGGAAGAAUCAUCUUCGGAGGAGGAAGAAUCGUCUUCCAAAGAUGAGGACGAAGACGAGGACGAGGAUUGA